AUGACAACAGAUACACCAAUCAUUCAAUUCCGAGAUAAGAAAUAUACAAUAGAAGACCUAACCAACAAGCUCUCCGGAUUAGAAAAAGAAUUAUCCCCCAAUAAGAAUCUAAUCCUUUGUUUAGAUGGAACAGAUAAUGAUUUUGGUCCAAAACCAUUCACCAAUGUUCUUCAAUUAUUUCGAACUUUAGAGAAAGAUAAUCCUAGUCAAUUAUGCUAUUAUCAACCAGGGAUUGGAAGUUCUUUUAUGGCUGAUAAUGUUGGACGUCGUCAUUUUGAAAUGUCAAAUGUUAAUCAUCUUUCAAAUAGAGUGGAUUCGAUGAUUGCAUUUACGAUUAAGAAACAUGUGUUGGCGGCAUAUGGAUUUCUUGCCAGGUUUUAUAAUAGAGGAGAUAAGAUCUUUCUUUUUGGGUUUAGGUAUGAAUUACUUUGA